AUGACAGAGCUUCAAUCACAAGAGAAGCCCCAAGCAAAGGGUGUCCGUUAUGACGUACCCGUUCUGCGCAAACACCAUGAACAAGGUAGCAACGGGCUUGAGAUCCUACUAUUAGCAUGGUCACUUCUUCUGUAUCGACAUAACCACGGAAAUCAUGUCGAGUUCUCGUGGGGAUUGAGCGAGAUCGGGUCUACCACAUGUCGCACCUUCACACUCAACACAGCCAAGCUGCAAUGGGAGGGCAGCAACUCUGUCGCAUCAGAGCUAGACGUGUUCAGAACAUAUUUGCAUCAAAAGCUACAGUCUCAAGGACAGGUCAAGACGGAGGGCUGCAGGUUCUUCUUCAAUGACGAGGCUGCGCCCGGUGAUUUGGUCAAUGAAGUAAACGAGGAUGGUGAUAUUUCCGUGAACUGGGGAAAUGUCCAAAUACAAGCGACGCUCGAAGAGGAUACUCUCUGCCUCCGACCAACAUGGCGCGAACCCCUCGGCGCCGAAUUUCUCGCGAACCACUUCGCCCAAGCCCUCGUCGAAGUCCUCAACACAACCCUCGCCAGCCCCGACUCAACACUACACUCCGUUCUACCACUCGGCGAGCUAGACAAGUCCGUGAUAUGGAAUUGGAACAAAGACCUUCCCCCGCCAGUGCCGAUGUGCAUCCACACCUUGAUCUCCGAGCAGGUGAGAUGGCGGCCCGAUGCGCAAGCCAUUUGCUCGUGGGAUGGUGACCUUACAUACGCGGAGAUGGAUAAAUUUUCGACGCUUCUUGCGCAGCAUCUUAUUGAUCUCGGCGUUAAGAAUGGCGAUAUCGUCCCGCUGUGCUUCGAGAAGUCCAGAUGGACCACUGUAGGUGUCAUGGGCGUUAUCAAGGCGGGCGCGGCAUUCGUGCUCAUGGACCCAAGCCAGCCUAUUCAGCGACGACAGGUUAUGGCGCAGCAAGUCAAAGCGACACAUAUUCUCACCUCGAGAGACCAGGCGAAAUACGCAUCCGAGAUCGCGCCCGAGACGAAGCAUGUCAUCGUCGACAUGGAGUCCUUUAACUUCCUCGACAAGACCAUCGAAGAUCCCAUCAGAAAACUACCCGAAGUGCCACCCAAGUCUCUUCUAUACAUUAUAUUCACAUCUGGAAGUACCGGAACACCUAAGGGAGUCAUGCUCUCCCAUGAAACAUAUACCGCCAGCGCGCUCGCCCGAAGUACAGGUAUCGGUUACUCCAAUACAUCGCGAUCGCUCGACUUUACCUCAUACGCCUUCGAUGUCAGUAUUGACAGCAUUCUAUGCACUCUUAUUCGCGGUGGAUGUCUCUGCAUUCCCACAGACAUGGAUCGUGUGAAUGAUUUGAGCGGCGCGAUUCGUCGCCUCAAAGUCAACAUGGUCAACAUCACACCCUCGGUCGCACGAAUCCUAGACCCCGACAUUAUCCCCUCACUGAACAGUCUUGGCAUCGGUGGUGAGGCUUGCUCAGCUGGCGACAUUGCUAUUUGGGGUCAACACACGCGAAUCGUCAUUGGAUACGGUCCAGCUGAAUGUACGAUCGGAUGUACUGUCAACCCCAGUGCAGCAGGCAAGCCGUACGUCAGCAUUGGUCCUGGUACUGGCGCAUGCAUUUGGCUUGUUGAUCCUGACGACCACAAUAAGCUUGUUCCAGUGGGCGCAGUUGGUGAGCUGCUCGUCGAGGGCCCUCUUGUUGGUCAAGGAUACUUGGGUGACCCGGAAAAGACAAACGAGGCCUUCAUCCACGACCCCGAAUUUCUCCUCGCGGGCACGGGUGGUAUCCCUGGGCGACGAGGCCGUCUUUACAAGACAGGCGACUUGGUUCGAUACGAUCCCGAUGGAGAGAAAGGUUUCAUCUUUGUCGGCCGCAAGGAUACUCAGAUCAAGCUUCGCGGACAGCGGGUCGAGCUGGGCGAGAUUGAACAUCACAUCAAGAACCUGCUUCCCUCAGGCGCCGAAGUCGUCGCUGAGAUUAUCGCGCCACGGAACCAGAGCAAAGAGUCGAUGCUGGUCGCUUUCAUCGCGGAUCGUGAGACCAAGGAUGAUGGGGAUGCACGCCCGAUUGACUACGCGCCUCGAUUCCGCGAUGCGCUCGAGUCGCUGAACGACAAGCUGUCUAAGGUUGUUCCCGUGUACAUGGUUCCUACACAAUACAUUACUCUCUCCAAGAUCCCGUAUCUUGUGUCUGGAAAGAUUGACCGCAAGUCGCUGCGUGCCCUCGGCGCCGAGAUCUCCGCCAACAUGCAAGCUUCCGCAGCUGUAAAUGAGAGCCCUGAGAUUCGCGAACCAGAAUCUGAAUCUGAGUUGUUCCUGCGCGACUCAUGGUGUCGCCUUCUCGGUCUCGAGUCUAAGCAAGUCAGUACGACGCACAACUUCUUCACGUCGGGCGGCGACUCAGUCCUCGCCAUGAAGCUGGUGCCAAUUGUGCGAGACUGGGGUUACACGCUCUCCGUUGCCGACAUCUUCAACUACCCAGUCCUUUCCGACAUGGCCAAGUCUAUGCAGAAGGGCGACAACAGCAAGGGCAUAGACAUGCAGAUCCCCGAGUUCUCGCUACUCAAGGAUGGAAUGGACCAUGAUGCUUUGUGCGCUGAGGCGGCUGAGCAAUCUGGGUGCGACGUCAGCGCAAUCGAGGACAUUUAUCCUUGCGCGCCUAUGCAGGAGAUUCACAUGGCGUUCUACACGCGAUCAAGGGAGAACUAUGUCGCGCAGCGCAUCGCCGACAUUCCUUCUUCCAGCUCAAUUGAGAAGCUCAAGUCAGCUUGGAAUGUUGUGUACAAAGAAAGUCCAAUUCUUCGAACACGCAUCGUCGAGUUCAAGCAACAUGGCUUCAUGCAGGUCGUUGUCAACGAGUCUCUCCAAUGGAGGGAGGUAGACUCCAGCUUAGAAGACUUCCUGGAAGAGGACAAGAAGGAGCCCAUGUCGCCCGGCGCGCAUUUGUCUCGCUUCGUCAUCGUCACUGACAAGGCUUUCAACAAGCGCUACUUCGUGUGGACAGCUCAUCACGCUAUUUACGAUGGCUGGUCAACGGAUCUCAUUGUUGAGCAUGCGCGUGCUGCAUACAAGGGCGAAGAAGUUUCUCGACCUGCUCAAUUCAAGCACUUCAUUCGAUACCUCGCCGAGGACUCACGCGAGUCUUCCAAGGAUUACUGGAAGACACAGCUUGCAGGUGCUACAGGACCUCAGUUCCCAUCUCUGCCGUCGCGGUCUUAUAUUCCCGACCCGACUUCCCUGACUGAGCGCUUCAUUAAGCUUGACAAGGCUGCCAAGUCGGACAUCACCAUUGCUACUGUCAUUCGCGCCGCUUGGGCUCUACUGGCGUCUCAGUACUCUAUGAGCGACGAUGUUGUCUUUGGCGAAACCUUUAUGGGUCGCACUAUUCCUCUUCCUGGCGCCGAGUUGAUUGAAGGUCCUAUUCUUGCUACAGUGCCUGUACGCAUCCGUCUCGAUCGCACCACUACCGUGCAAGACUUCCUUCGAGCUGUUCAAGAACAAAGCGUCGCCCGCGCUGCGCACGAACACCUUGGUAUUCAACACAUCCGACGACUCAGCGAAGACGCUCAGAUUGCUUGCGAGGUCACCAUGGGCCUUGUUGUGCAGCCUCAAGACCCCGAUUCAAUUGAGAAUGAGAGUGACGCGCUUCCAUCAUUCCGUGGUGGCGAUGCCGCUCUCGAAGCUCUGCACUUCAACUCAUACCCUCUCAUGCUGGCUGUGUCCAUGCAAAAGGCAGGUUUCCGUCUUUUGGCAAGCUUCGACUCAGACCUCUUGAGUCCUGUUCAGGUCGAGCGUGUCCUGUCACAGUUUGAGGUGGCGAUUAACCAGCUGCGUGGAGAUAUGGCACGUUCGUUGAAUGAGCUCACAUGCCUGAGUGAUGAGGAGCUUGGCCAGAUUUGGGAGACGAACAAGCACGCGCCUGUCUCCCCCAAGGAGAUUUCCAGGUUUUUGUCUACGGGCGACAAAUACCCCACCACCCAAUAUGUUCCUUGGGUGGUUCAGCCCGGCAACGAGAGACUUCUCAUGCCACUUGGAAGCACCGGAGAGCUUCUUGUAGAAGGUGUCGCUACAGGCGCCGAAGCCGAUGUCGUGGAUACUCCCGAAUGGCUCAAGGAGGGCGCUAUGGGCUACCCAGGCAGACAGGGCAAACUAUCCCGCACUGGCGACCUUGUCAAAUAUGCAGAUGACAUGACCUUGGUCUUUGUCGGUCGCAAAGACGCCAUGGCUAGCGUUGAUGGUCGAGUAGUUGACCUCAACGCUACCAAUCUCGAGCUCAAGCGUUUGCUUCCCAAUAAUGUUGAGGUUGCCAGCAGGCUAUUGGUUCCCAAGGGCUCAAGUAGCCAGAUGCCUGUCGUUGUCGCAUUCAUCAAAGAGACUCCUCCCAAGGAUGCACAAUCGCUUAAGCUUGAUGUCAAAACUGGCGAUGCUUCCUUGCCCUUGUCGCCAGCUCUUUCGGUGGAGCUUGCGACCGCCAUUAUUGGCCUUAACAAGGCUCUGGUUGAGACUCUCCCACCCUACGCAAUCCCUUCAAUCUGCAUUCCUCUGGGCGACCCAGCAAACAUCGAGAAGCUUGACAGUGUAGCCGAUGACGUUACACUGUCUCUGGUUGUGGAGUUACGCAAGGCUUUCGCGUCUCUCAAGAAGACCAUCGCAGACACUACUGUCCUGACCACGAAGGAGCGCGUUCUUCGUGCCUCAUGGUCAAAAUUCCUCGGCAUUGAAGAGGAGAAGCUCUCACUCGAUGACAACUUCUUCCGCCUAGGUGGCGACUCCAUUGUGGCGAUGCGCAUGGUUUCAGCCCUGCGACAAGAAGGCUACCGUCUGUCUGUCGCGAGCAUCUUCCAGAACAUGCAGCUUCGGGGCAUGGCUAACUCACUGGUUGGGGUGUCGACAGAGAGCGACGAGACAGCUAAGAAGUACGCCGCCUUCUCAUUGUUGGGAAUGAAGGAUGUCGAUAGCUUGUUGGCACAAACUAUCCAGCCUCAAUUGGCAGACUCGAGAUGGAAGAUCCAGGAUGUUUUGCCUGCCACUGGACCCCAGACUGGCGACGUCAAGCAGUCGGUGUACGCGCCGCGAAGCUCCGUUCAAUACAACAUGCUCUACCUCGACCCAUCAAUUGACACUGCCCGACUGGUCGAUAGCUUCCAGUACCUCGUUUCGCAGCAUGCUAUCCUUCGAACAGUGUUUAUUCAGAACGAAGGACAGACUUUUCAAGUCAUACUCGAUGAUCUGAAGGUUCCCGUAACAGAGCAGAAUGUCGACGGUUCAAUUGAUGUCGCCGCCAAGCAGCUUGUCGAAACGGACGCUAACAACAGCACUGAUCUCGCAUUUGGCUCCUCUUUCAUCCGACUUUUCGUCCUCCGUGGCGAGAAGGAAAACGCAUUCAUGAUCCGAAUCUCUCACGCUCAAUACGACGGUGUCUCUCUGCCAGAGCUCCUCCGUCAACUCGAGCUUCGAUACAGAGGCCUAGAGAUCCCAUCCUCAGAGCCUUUCCAGACCUACAUUCAACACCUCUCGAGUACCAAGCCCCAGAACGUCGAGUACUGGCGCAAGACCCUCCAGGGAUCCUCGCACACCGAGAUUGCCCCUGCCGCGGACCCUCAGCAGAAGACCGCUUUCAUGACAAGAGAUGUGGACAUCUCUGGAGCCUCACCCGACACCACGCACGCGAUGCUGCUGACUGCAGGCUGGGCCAAGGUCCUGUCUCAGCACCUCAAUGUGUCAGAUGUUACCUUCGGUGGCAUUGUAUCCGGUCGCGACGUCGACGUCCCUGGUAUUGACACCAUCAUGGGUCCUUGCUACCAGUACCAACCUGUCCGUGUCAAGUUCGAGCCCAACCUGACAGCAUUGCAACUUUUGGACUCUGUACGAAGCCAAUCCCUCGAGGGUAGUCAGCGCGCCACUCUCAGCUUCCAAGAAGUCCUCAAGGAAUGCACAGGCUGGCCUGCAGACACUCCCUUCUAUGGGUCUUUCACGAACCACCUCAACAAAGAGUUCUUCGACUCAAUUCCCUUUGCUGGAACAAAGUGUCGCGUAGAUUACUCCAUUCCUCACCCCGAGCCUGCGACACCGCCCCGCGUUGUGUCAUUUGUGGAGAAUGGUAGAGCGCAGAUCGGUAUUGAGGCUGACGAGGAGCGACGCGAGUUUUGGGAGGCGCGAUUGGAGGAGUUGGCCCUCGCUGUUGAGAGCUUCAUCAGGAACCCCGAAGCGCCGAUCUAA